AUGUCGACAGGAGCGGAGAACAAUGCCUCCCAGGAGACUGUGGUGGUAGAGUCGCAGUUCCAUAAGCCUGGCGAUUUGGUGGAGCAGAAUGAUGACACCGGUGUUAUGUCCGUGGAGAGUCUUUGCAUGAAUUGCCAUGAAAAUGGUAUGACAAGACUCCUUCUCCUUCGAGUCCCUUUCUUCCGUGACAUUAUCCUCGAGUCCUUCGAAUGCGAGCACUGUGGCCACCGCGACAACUCGGUCAAGUCCGCCGGCCAGAUUCAGGAGAAGGGAACCAAGUAUACAUUGGAUAUCGAGGACGAGGAAGACUUCCAGCGCCAGGUCAUCCGCAGCGAUGUUUCGGUGUUCAAGGUCGAAUCCCUCGGAAUUGAGAUGCCCAAGGGCGAGAGCCAAUUGACGACGGUGGAGGGAGUCAUUCAGAAGAUUCACGAGAAUCUUUCCAGCGAACAGCCUCUGCGUAAAGAGCAGGCACCUGAGCUGCACGAUGCGCUUGUGCCUAUCAUCGAAAAGCUGGAGAAGAUUAUGAACAGAGAAGGCUUCCCCUUUACGAUCUCUCUGGAUGACCCCACGGGCAACUCGUGGAUUGCACCCACGACGCACGACAAAGGAAACAAGUACAGACGUCGCGACUACCCCCGUACCCACGAACAGAACGAAGAGCUCGGUAUCGCGGCCGAUCCCGAAGCUGUCAACAACGAGGGCAUCGCUGCUGAAGGCGGCAUCGAUGACUCAGAGAUUGUGGAGGGCCAGGUCUACAGUCUGCCGGCCGAGUGCCCGGGCUGCACCAAGCCAUGCUUCGUCAACAUGAAGAAGGUCAACAUCCCAUACUUCAAGGAGGUGUUCAUCUGGGGCACAGUCUGCGACCACUGCGGUUACCGCACCAGCGAGGUCAAGACCGGCGGCGAGGUCCCCGACAAGGGCAAGCGCAUCAGCCUCAAGGUCGAGAACGAAGUGGAUUUGUCGCGUGAUAUUCUCAAGUCCGACACCUGCGCGCUCCACAGCGAGGAGCUCGAAGUCACUGUCCAGCCUGGUACCCUUGGUGGCCGCUUCACCACCGUUGAGGGUCUGCUCACCGAGAUCCGCGAUCAGCUCCACGGCCAGAUCUACGAUGUUGACGACACCAGCAACACAGGAGGUGACAGCAUGGCAGAUUCCGACAAGGCGAAGUGGGAGCGAUUCUUCAGCCGUCUUGGCGAUGCUAUCAGCGGCAAGAUGAAGUUCAAUAUCACUCUCGAGGAUCCCAUGGCCAACAGCUACGUCCAGGAUCUGUGUGCCCCGGCUGUCGAUCCUCAAAUCUCUACCGAGGAGUAUACUCGUACCGAAGAGGAAGAGGAGGAACUUGGCCUGAAGGAUAUGAAGACUGAAGGAUACGAGCAGGAUGAGGAGGACGAGAAAGCCAAAGAUGAGCAGCAAUCAUGA